CGUUAAGCCUACCGUUCUCUCUCUGUACUAUAACACUUAUCACAUUUUGCUCUCCUGGAACGAAUCCUAUUUCUCCAUACUUCGUCUCCUUCCUUUCUAUAUAAAUAUCCACCUUCUCUAAUCUUCUUCCACAUUCACACCUCUUCUCUCUAUCAGACUAUCUCUCUCUUUCUAUUCUCGCUUUGAUCAAAUUAAGAGCCUUUAGCAGAUCCCAAAAACACAGAGGAGAAUAAUAAAUAUAUUUUUAGAAAUGGGAAUGGUAGUGGUGAUUUCUCUUCCUUUGAUUUUCUUCUGCUUACUCUUAGGUUUCGGUUGCUACUUCUUCGGACGAUACAGAGGAAGACAAGACGUACGGACCAACCCUCAGAUCUAUGGCAUCCCCACCCCGCCGCCUGGUGCCGCCGCCACUAAUUCUUACCCUUCUCCGUCUCCUCCGCCUCAUUACAAAGAGGGCUUCGCAUCCAACGUUUGACACUAUAUAUACAUACGCACAUAUAUAUAUAUAAUGUAUUGUGAGUUAUUGAGAUUGGGGAAUUGGAGAAUGUGUAUUCUUUUAUUGAUGGUGUUUUAGCCUAAUUGGGACCUCUUUAACAAGUGAGUUUUUUUUCUUCUUCUUUAUAUAUUUUGUUUAUUUGAUGUAAGUUUAUGUAUCAGAUUUGGAGAAAGAAGAUUUUCUUUAUUAUAUUAGUUUGUUUGUUGUUUCU